AUGGAGCUCGCGUCCACGCCCAAGGGCGCCCGCGCGCACAUGCUGCAGUGGGAUGAGAUCGACGCGAAGAUCGUCCAGUGGGCGGCGUACAAGUUGCGGCCAUCCCGGUCGGAGGUGCCGACCGAGGAGACCAAAGGCCGCGACUACUUUGAGCGCCGGAUCCGCGACGUGCGAAGGUACAUGCAAAACCAGGGCCCGCCGACCUUUCUGAAGCAGCUCCAGAUCCUCGUGGAGCAGCGGCGGAACCGGCCCGCGGGGUACCACGCGCUCCUCGCGGUCUUCACGUCCGAGGCGUGGCGCGAGGACGUCCGCGACCGCAGCGCGCCCAAGGACCAGGCGCUCAAACUCGCGGCGCACGUGUUCAUGCAUGAAGUGCUGGCGCAGGACCGGCGCGACGCCGCCGCGGCCGCCGCCAACGGUGCGGCGGCCCGGCGCGAGCUCGAGACGCGGCGCGCCCUGGAGCAGAACGACGCCGCGCGCGAGUUCGCCGGCAUC